GUGCAAAUUGUCAUUCUGUCACCUGGCUUGGGUAUUACUGUCGUCACAGUGACAGAUAGUCGUAUGCCUCCACAGCAAAUCGAUAAGUGCGACCUGCUCGCACGACAUGAUCGAUCGUGCAGCCAUCGCAGCAAGAUCGUCUUAUUGUCGGCCAUGUAUUCUGCUGGGCCAUCCUCGGGGUCCAGUGCCAUCGAUCCUGGGCGGCACUAUCGAGAUGGUGCAUCGGAGCUGGAGCGCAAGAUGCAGGCCAUGAUGGCAGCGUCGUCCGACCAGGACAGCGUCGACGUCGACUCAGAGGAGAGGAUCUCGCCGUUUGCCUCGUUGCCUGUCGAGCUGCUUGAGCGUUGCUUGCAAUAUGCCGUUCUGUCGUCGGCCAAGGAAUCGGCUGACGCAAGCGCUCUGCCGCCGUCGUCCUCAUCGCGCCGCAUCUUCGAGCACCGAGUCCGAGCGAGACAGGCGGCCAGCCUGUGCCUCGUCUGCCGGCAGUUCGAUACCUGGGUACGGCCGCUCUUGUACCGUGCUCCGAUCGUCCGCCGGGCUCGUUCGUUUGGUCGAACGCUGAGCAGUAGCUCUCGGUUGCGACGUCUGGUCAGGGAUGUGACACUGGAGACGCCCAUCUGGUCGAAUCAGGACGAGAACGAUGUCGUGGCGAUUUUUCUCGCCAUCCGCCAAAGCUGUAGGCGACUCAGUGUUGGCCCAAACGAGGCUUCCUUGCUGCCGUAUCUUUUCCAAGGCGAGGAAGAAAGGCAGCAAGGAGAAGUGGGCUUGAAGAGCCACGACGAAGAGACUGAGCCGGCCUCCCUCAAGGUGCUGCGAGUCUCGUGGAGACCAGACGAAGCAGAAGAGGAGGACGCGUCCGGCUUGGCUCUACGGCGGCUCUUCAUGCACCAGGGACAGCUCUCAUCGACGUCGUCUUCGUCGUCGACGAAGAGGAAGGCGAGAAUCCAGGUGGAACAGCUCGAGAUUGACGUGCUGUCGACGUGGCAGGUCGAACAAGUCUUUGACCACGUUUUUGAGCUCCUGCCAGAGCUACGUACGCUGAGCAUCACGCUUCCGUACACUUUUCUCCAGGUCCAUGCGUCCCGCAGCGGCCUCAUGCGUCAACGGUGGCCGGGCUCAGGAUGGUCGUGGGAGGGAAGGGACCUGGACGACAACAUGGCAGAGCGACACGAGGUCAACAGCGAAUUGGCCUCGCAGCUGCUCCAUGUCGCCUCGGCUUCUGCCCCACCCAUGCUCGAGCCCUCGCUCUUCUCCCCAUCCAUGUCAUCAAUGGUGGGGUCAGAAGGCGCCGCAGAGUUAGACGUAGUGGCCAAGACGACGCCCAUGGCUCCCUGUCCGGCACAUCAGCUGCGCGCCUGGCUCGUCCGAUUCCUCGUCAAUUCGCACAAGAAUGACAUGCUCCUCUUCCGCGCCCUCGCCCCGCCUCUGGCGUUGGAAAAGAGCUGGAGCACCAGAGCCUCGGCCGCCGCCCUCUGCCUGGGUGCGAGCCUGGAACGGGCUCUUUGUCCCACCCAGAGGGCGACCUCGUCGACGGGGCCCAUCGUCGAAGAUGCGGACCGCGCGGGUCAAGUAGAGGCACUCGCUAGAAAGGCUCUGGGAGACGAAGGCGCCAUCCUAUUUCCUUCGCAGGCUUUUGCCCAUCACGGUCCCGCAGAGUACUGGGCAAAGGUCCAAGGGGAAGCUCAACGCGCCUGGGAACAAGCUCUGCCAUUUGAUCUUGGAGGUCUAGGCCAAGUUGGGCCCAGCAGCGGGCUUGACGAUGAUGACGCAAGUAGCGACAUGGAGCAUGACGAGGAGCUUGCCGAGGUCCGCGCCUUUGCCUGCCUGCGAUGGCCACAAGCCUCAGAGGCCUUCUUUCACUACAAUGCCCUCAUCUGAUGAAAACUUCACUCCUUCCCUUUCUCCGACGCUCAGCAGAUCGAGUGGAGCAAGCGGAUGCCGCCGGU